AUGCUUGAGCUUUCCCAUAAGGUUCUCAAAAGUCAUGUUUGUUUAUGGUCAGGAAGUGGUGUGACGAUCAGAAGCUCCAGAGCAGCUGGUGUGUGUUUGGGGCUGCUGUGUGUUCUUCUGCUGACUGCAGUCAUAGUGCUGUGUGUCCUCAUCUAUACAAAGAGCACAAACUACACAGAGGAGAAACAACAGCUGCUGACUAAGAUCACCAACCUCACAGAAGAGAGAGACCAGUUAAAAUCAGAAAGAAAUGAACUCCAGAAGCGUUUUGCAGAUGGAUGGAAGUUUCAUCAAUCCAGUCUUUACUUCUUUUCCUCUGAGCAGAAGAACUGGAAAGAGAGCAGAAGAUACUGUAGAGAGAGAGGAGCAGAUCUGAUCAUCAUCAACAACAGAGAGGAACAAGAUUUUGUGGGGAAUAUUUCUGGUUCUGAUCAUUUCUGGAUUGGUCUGAGUGAUAUUGAUGAGGAGGGCAGAUGGAAAUGGGUUGAUGGCAGCACACUGACCUCUGGGUUCUGGGCGUCCACAGAGCCAAACGGCAAAGAAAAAGAAGACUGUGCUCUAAAUUAUCCACCAGGAUGGGGUGAUUUUCCAUGUGAUUAUACGUACAAAUGGAUCUGUGAGAAGAGUGUUCUUAAAUGAAACAUUUUGAAUCUCGAUUUGUUAUGAUCCAGUCUGUUCUGUUUUUCUUGUCCGUCUUUGGAUUUAUCUUGCAUUGAUUUAUGUUUAUCUUUUCUAUUUGAAUAAAUGUUUGUGACUGCACUUGUUACAAUGUCUGUUUAACAUCAAGUCUUGUGUUUAGCUAUUUUGCCAGAUUUAAUUUGAAUGGCACUU